AUGGGGCGCAGCAGUCAGUACGCGCAAGAUAUGGGGCGCAGCAGUCAGUACGCGCAAGAUAUGGGGCGCAGCAGUCAGUACGCGCAAGAUAUGGGGCGCAGCAGUCAGUACGCGCAAGAUAGAGUAUGGGGCGCAGUCAGUCAAGAUAUAGUACGCCAAGAUAGCGCAGCAGUCGUACGCGCAAGAUAUGGGCAGCAGUCAGUCAAGAUAUGGGGCGCAGCAGUCAGUACGCGCAAGAUAUGGGGCGCAGCAGUCAGUACGCGCAAGAUAUGGGGCGCAGCAGUCAGUACGCGCAAGAUAUGGAAUAGAAUUAAUAGAAGAAUAAGAGAUGGAUAG